AUGUCCGAGGCAAAACUCGACCAGCUUGUCAAGGGCGCGCCGCCGCCGACUGUUACCGCCCCGCAGGUUGCUGCUGCCGUCCGCCCUACAGAUCCCACGAGCCUGCUGCCCUCGUCGCCGCCGCAAAUCUACCUCAACUUGCUGAUCCUCGAGGCCUCGCUACGCUCCCAAUAUCUGACGUUGCGCGCCCGCCGCCGUCAGAACACCUUCGUGUUGACUCUGCUCGCUCUUUGGACUGCCUACUUUGGUUAUGCACUGUUCCUGCGCCCGCGCGAGGAUGGCACCGGUGUUGGAGGCAGCGUGUACUGGGUCGUCGACACGACCGAAAAACUGGCCUUCACAUCGGGCAUUGUGACUGCCGUACUUUUCUGGGCCACGGGCCAGUGGGAGCGUGGUGUGCGCUGGCCGCGUCGCUGGAUAGCCGUUGCCAACCGCGGCCUACGCAGCAUGAACUGCAAGAUUGUACUCAUCAAGGGCCCUUGGUGGCGCGAGAUGGUCAGCCACCUCAGCUUUCUGAUCCCAUAUCAGCUGUUUUUCCCCACCCCAGGCAGCAGCUACCACUACGUAGAGCCCGAGAAGCGGGACCCGCGCCUGCGCCUCGCCCAGAACGACCGCGUCUUGCUUGAGGAGGAUGUGGCCCCAGGCGGAGACUAUGUGAAGCUGCUGCUGCUCCCCAAGCCAUUCUCGGCCGACUUUCGGCAGAACUGGGAGAUAUAUCGCACCGAGUACUGGGAGAAGGAGAAUGAACGCCGCGCAGAGCUGCGCAGCCGGAUCAACCAACGCGAGCGUGAGCUGGCCAAACAGGAGGGUGGCUGGCUCUGGUGGACUGGGUGGCGGGGCUGGAAUCGUGCGAGAGGCCUGUCUAGAGGCGGAGACGUCGAGAAACACCACCAUCAUCACCACCAUGCCCAUUCUCAUUCCUCGGCACAUCUCGAAGUCCCCAAGGACAAGAAAAGACGGCCAAGCGUCGUCACGGAUCGCAUGAUGAGAGAUCGCUCGCAUUCCCGUUCGUCGUCCCGAAGCACGACACCAAUACUCGACUCGGACGAGAAGUUUGGUAGGGAGAGGCGUUGGAGCAACAGCACAACCGGAAGCGCCACCAACACCGAACGCCGGAAGAAGAAGUCCGCAAGCGGACUCUCAAGGCCCUCUCGCCUGACUCCAACGAAUUCAAUGUCCAGGCCAAAGACCCCUAAUACCCCUAACUCAGAGUUGGACGACAUGCCGGCCUUCUCCAAACGCGCCAGCAUGAUGAGCACGGUCAGCACCGACAGUGACCGCUCUGCCACUCUCACGCCGGAUGAAAGAAGCGGGUCGGGAACACCCUCUCUGUAA